AUGAUUAGUGAACGAAAACAAAAAUUAUUGAAUGAUAAAUGGAGUAGAUAUGCUGUCGAUAGUAGUUUAUGGAAUGAUGAAAAUGCUCCAGUCGUAAAGGUAAAAACUCUACACCUAGAAAACCUGACUGAUUCUGAACUUCAAGGGAUUCUAUCCGAUCGGAUGAUUGAAACAUAUUCAACAUUCCUAUCAACAACGCCUGAUACUGAUCGUUAUACCUUAACGAAAUGUGAAUUAAGAAAUUUGAAUUUAGUUGACAUUUCUAUUCUGGAAAAUUAUCACUAUUGCCAAUAUUUGGAUUUAGCACAUAAUAAUGUAAAAGACUUAUCAAUAUUAAAUAAAACUCCAUACCUUUUAUAUCUGAAUGCAUCUCAUAAUAAAAUAACGAAUGUUUCAAAAUUUAAUCCACCCUGGUAUUUAACAUAUCUUAAUUUAUCACACAAUAAUAUCAAAUCAUUGAGAGAUUUUCAAGAAUUUUGGAGCAUUGUACGAUUGGAUCUUUCUCAUAAUUCCAUCGAAAAAAUUUGUGGAUUACAAAAUCUCAAGCAUUUGAGAUAUCUAAAUUUAUCUUACAAUGUCAUUGAAAUAGUUGAAAACUUGGAUGAUUUAAAUAUUCAAGAACUAAAUUUGGAAUACAACUAUAUUAAAAAAUUUACAUCAAUGGGUUUAAACGAUGAUACAAAAAUUUUUAAAAAUCUACGAACAUUAUUAAUUAGUCAUAAUAGAAUAUCAUCUUUAAAGUUUUUUCACAACAUUCAUAGUUUACGUCUGGUUGAUUUAAAGCAUAAUAAAAUAUCUGAUUUAAUGGAAUUAUCUCAUUUAAGUGGUUCAGUUUAUCAAGUUGAUUUAAGAGGUAAUGGAUGUACCAAAUGGCCAAAUUAUAAAGAAGUGGUUUUAUUUUGCAUGCCAAAUGUUUUAUUUGUUGAUGGAGCAGAAAUAACUGCAGCAGAAAGAGUAUCUGCAGCUACUACUUUCGAUCCACCAAUAAAUCUCCUUGCAUCUCGUGGUCUUACUAAAUUAAUAUUAUUAGAACAAUUAAAUGCACCCAGGAUUGAUAACAGUAUCAUUCCAUACGAUGAAGUUAGCCCACCACUAAUAAUACUUAGUGGACCAUCAGCUGUUAAAAAAUUGACCCUGGCUCUCCAUAUUGCUGAAAAAAUUUCCAAAAAAGUACAAUAUUGUAAAAGUCACACGACGAGAGAAUUUUCUUCAAGCAAUGAAGAUAGUAAAGGCUAUCAUUUUGUGGAAAGAGAAGAAUUCAAUGAGAUGGCUAGAAAUGGUGAAUUUUUAACUGUUGAAGAAUUUGUUGGUGAUAGUUAUGGAUUUCAUAGUAAUGAAAUAGCUGGAUUGAGAAGAGAGUGGAAAAUCGGCAUUACUCAACUGGACUUAUUAGCUUCAAUUCAAAUGAAAACUCGAUAUCCUAAUUCUAAAAUUAUUCUUGUUUUAACAAAAGAUGAAACAAUUCAUCAGCAAUGGAUAGAAGAAAAAUUUCGAAUUUUUACCUGGAUCAAGGAUAGUGUAGAGAAUUUGUGGGCGUUGACAAUUGGAAAUCGUCAAAGUGAAAAUCAUCUCAAAAUAAUGUCGAGUAAAUUGAAUCUCAUUACAGGAAUAAUUGAUGAUAUUAUUAAUAAUAUCAAUGUUGAUAAUAAUGAUAUGGGAGUUACAACAAAUAUAAGUCUCCCAAGUCAUAUCAUGUCACCAAAGAUAUUAAAAAAACGCCGAGAACUGGCAGAAGAGAAACGUCACAUAAAAUUUGUUGAAGAUGAAGCAUAUAAUGAUAUACCUAGAAAUUCAUCAGUUAAUAUUUCAGAAACAUCCUCUGAUUUAAAAGUAAUUUUAGAUGAACAAAUGAACGUUAUGGUUGAUGAUGAAAUUAUGAAACGUAAAAGAAAACGUGCCAAAAUGUUGAAACGUCGAGCUGCUCAAAAAUUGAACAGCCUUAAUAUUGUUGAAGAUGAAGAAUCAACAUCUAGUGAAGACUCCUUACACGAAUCAUUCCAGCGACAUGCAAUGAUGGACGAUCCCAAAUCAUUAAUGAAUAAUUAUGUGAAAAGUAUUUUAAAAUCAAGACAAGUGUAUAUUGAUCAACAUUUAAAUAAUCCAGGAUUUUAUUCACUCGUGGUAAAGACUGAGAAUUUAGUAGAAAAUAUUGUAAUCUUCUUCUAUAAUUUAAAAAUUUUUUAGUUAUAUACAGAUGAUUUUGGAAAUGCUUCGAAACCAUUAAUUAAAUAUAUUCGUGACCUGUACAUUAAUUUUUCUGCACAUA